AUGUCGUCGACGCGUUAUUCGCAGCAGCCGCUGCAGAUUUAUCAGGAUCCAGUAUCAUCCUUUGACCGAGCCCCUAUGCCAUCAGCACAGAAUCCGAAGCCCAAGAAGUUAUCACCUCUUCGACCGAUAAAGAAUGCUGCGUCGAGGAAGAAUAUCGUGUUCAAUCCCCCUCAGUCGGGCCCUAUCAAGCAAUCUCCAUUCAAAUCAGCCCACCAAACAUCGAGCUCUCCGUCAAGAGCACCCUUUGGGACUAAACUUAAUGCUAUCUCGAUGCCACCGCCUGAAGGACAAUCACACAAUACGGAUUCUAUGGAAAAGAAGCAACCGUUGAUGUCAAAGUUCAAGCCACAGAAGGCUCUUUUCACAGAUUUCACGAACAGUUCAUCUACCGAUAAGGAGAAUUACCCACAGUCAACAUAUUACCAAACACCCAUGCCACAGUAUAACGAGGGACUACCGCGGUCGAACUUUUCAUUAGAAGGCCUCUAUCCUCAGAAGCCGCCCACGAAACGAUUGAUGGACGCGGCUCCCAUACAUGAAUCGAGACCUUUCAAGAAGACAAAGAAUGAAGAAGCAGCUGAAGCAGAAGAGAAUUUACCAAAGGAGCUUCCAGCACCAGAUUCAUUUCCACCUCUUCACGAUGACGGUUCCAAACCACCACACAGCUAUGCUCAAUUAAUUGGCAUGUCUAUAUUGAGAGCACCAAAUCGACGACUUACUCUUGCCCAAAUCUACAAAUGGAUCUCAGAUACCUACUCUUUCUAUUCGGCCACAGAUGCUGGAUGGCAAAACAGUAUUCGACAUAACCUCUCUCUAAACAAGGCCUUUAUCAAGCAAGAGAGACCAAAGGACGAUCCGGGAAAGGGAAAUUAUUGGGCUAUUGUCUCUGGAAUGGAACAUCAAUUUAUCAAGGAUAAGACGACACGGAAGCCUGCCAAUUCGAAUGAAAAUGUACCCGUUCUUUCCCACAUCAUGCCUCUCAACCAUCCGGAGCCAUCACAUUUUAAGCCUUUGGUUCCUGCGCCUCCAGAGCUUCCCCCACCACCACCUUCUUCACAACCAACAUAUGCUGUCCCAGAGCAACAAUUGCCAGCAAUUCCUGAGAUCUCAUCCGAUGCCACAAUACCAGCUUCAGAUGCUUUCAACUCAGAUCCAGAGCCUGAAGAAGAAAUCCCAAUGCCUUCCUCGCCUCUUAUCCGAUCAUCCCCGCCAACUGCCCUGAUGAACUCGUCACCGCCUGUGUCUCGACAUGGGCCUAAGAGACAUGAUACUCCUCCCCCAGUACCACGCUUCCCAACAUCUUCGACCUCUCGCUCACGCAAACGCAAAUAUUCUGCAAUGGAUGAUAGCGGUUACUUCUCUUCAUUAGAUUCUUCAGCUAUGCGACCCCACCGACUACUCACCUCGGAUGGACCUAGGAUUAAGCGUGGCCGUGCCGAAGAAGAGAUUGCUCGCCUCCGUGGCUCUUCUUACGAUAGUCCUACUAAAAGCCGAGCCAUUUUUGCUCCUCCGUCCUCUUCUCCUUUACGCAUAGGUCUCAAGGUAGAGUCGUCACAGAUGCUGCCACCAUUGACGCCAAUCGUCAAACUGAAGCCCCCCGUUCGACCACCUCCAUCUGCAUCUCCCAAUACCAAUCUCCGCCUUCACCGUGACAAGAUGCGAGAGAUGGUUGGCUCACCCCUACGCGGUAUGACAUGCCUUGAGACAGAGAAUGUUGCCCCUUGGAGUCCUGCUUUCCAGCUAGACGAAAAUAGCUACAUGUUCCAUGAUUUUGGCCAUGACUUUGAUAUCUUUGCCGAUUCUACGGCUGGCUUACUCUCUGUUCCUGGAAAUGGGUCGCCUGAAAAGAGAUCAGCAAAGAGACCUCGCUUGAGCAAGUCCAAUUCGACAAGCAUUCUUGGAGAUAUCUCUAACAGCACCUUCAACAAGAGUGUCACAUCCACACCACUGUUGAAGCUCACACCCAAGAUCAAUACACCGAAGACUACAUCGCCUCUCAAAGGCUUCGGGCUGGAGUCGCCAAGUAAACUCCUAGGUCUCGACUCGCCGACCAAGUUUAGUGGUGGUGCUCUCUUCGCUUUUGAUGUAUUUGAUUACACAGAAGAUUUCUUCAAUCCGGAUGUUUUGGCUGAAAAUGUUGGUGAGGGGUGGGAUAUCAUGCAAGGCUUCCAGAGAAUCGGGUCCGGCAAUACUGGCAGUCAAAGCAAGAAGAGCACACCUAGGCCAGCUCAAAGACCUCCGAUGCACAAUCGAAGCUUUACCUCUCGCUUCUAG